AUGUCCGUCUACGUCUCCAACAUGUCCUUCAUUUGAGAACCUUCUACAAUCCCAUGUUCAUGACUCAACUCUAACAGCAACAGUAAAACCUGUAAAGACACGCCCCUGACUCCUCCUACCUGUCCCUGCCCACCCCUCAAAGACAUUUAAGAGGACGCAGCAGACGUGAGCAGCUCAGUGUCUGUGUCGUCAUCAUGGGCAGUUCUCAUUCAUCAGAUUCCCACGACAUCAACCCUGAUGGAAGCACCGUCAGUGGGAACGUUAGCAUCGGCAGCGGAGGCAACAUUUCUGCCCACAGCGCUGCUCCAGUCCUCUGUUGCAGUAGAUCCACCAGCGUCCGUCCUCCCACCGACGUGGACAAGUUCUCGGCGCAGACCCUGAACACCUGUCUGGUGGACUACCUGUCUACCAUGCGCUCCCUGGAGGACGCCAACGCCAAGCUGGAGCUGAAGGUCAGGCAGUGGGUGGAGAGCAGCGGAGGCUCCGCCUCCAGAGACUACACCGCCUGCUUCCAAACCAUCUCCAUCAUCAGGUCCAAGAUCCAGACCGCCAUCCAGUUGUACGGAUCCAUGGGCGACGCCCAGACGGCUGAUGAACACCUCAAGGACAAGAGUGAGAAGGAGCCGGCGGCGCUGCAGUCGCUGGAGGCCGACGCCGCCGAACUGAAGAAGAUCCUGAACCAGCUUGCGCAGACCAGAUCCGACGUGAAGACACAGAUCCGGGGUCUGGAGGAGGAGCUGAAGAUCCUCAAGAAGAACAACCAGGAGGUGGACCUCACCAAGGCCAUGGCCAAGAACACACAACUCCACGACACCAUCUACUCCAAGAACCAGAAGGACCUGGAGGCCUUCCAGGCCAAGACCCAGGAUCUGAAGAACAAGGUGGUGGUCGGCAUCCGGACCCUGCAGAAGUCCAGGUCUGAAGUCACCCAGGUCCAGUCUAGUCUGCAGUCUCUGGAGACCCAACUGCAGUCCACGUUGGACACGGAAGUGUUGGAGGGAACUCUGGCUGAAACCCUGAGCCAGUACGGCGGGCAGCUCAGCAGAUCCCUGACCCAGGUGACCACUCUGGAGGGGCAGCUGGUCCAGCUCAGGUCAGACCUGGAUCUUCAGGACUACGAGUACAAGAAGCUGCUGGACACCAACAUCCAUCUGGAGUCGGAGGUUGCCGAGUACAAAAGGCUUCAGGGCUGAAACAGUGUCUGCAGCUCCACCAAGACCCAGGAGGAGGGGGUCUACGGGUAGGUGGUCUCCUCCACGCCCACCACCGGCACUGACGGCCAAUCAGCGACGGCGUCUGAGUCACAUGACCUGUGACACAACCAAGAACCUGAG